AUGGGGUGUGAUACAGAAACGACUCAACAAGUGCAAGAACAGUGGCAGAAAGAAGAAGAGCAAACUCAGCACAAACAAAUGGUGGUUCUUCUGGACAUCGAUAAUACAUUGUACAAUGACAAGGCAGUGGGUUCUCUCUCUAUGCAAAUGCGAGUUGCCCUUAUAGAAUAUGUACAGAAUUGGCUUAAGAUACCUUUUGAAGAAGCAAAGUCUUUUGUUGAGAAGUGUUUUAAACAGUAUGGUUUGACUAUUUGCGGUCUCGUGCAUGAGAAAACUGGUAUCGAACCUGAACAUAUAACAGAUUUUGUCUACAGCCGUUGUGAUUUUACUGGAAUAAAAGAGGAUGUCAUGCUUCGUGAAAUGCUUUCUCGUUUGAGAAGUGAACAUCAACACAGACUGUACUAUUUAACAAAUGCUCCACGGAGACAUGCUACUACUGUAUUGGAGAGACUAGGCCUUACUAAUGAUGAGUUUGCCUUGGAAGGAUUUUCCUACGAGGAUCAAUGGGCACAUACAAAACCUGUAUUGGGUAAUAAACCUAUGCGAUCCGCGUACAGUGCAAUUUACAAUGCGUUAAAGGAAAGACAUCCGGACUCUAUGUGGAUUGAACCGUAUCACAUGGUAAUGGUAGACGACGCUGCACAUAAUCUUCUCGAACCUCUUGCAAUGGGAUGGAGUGCUGUAUGGGUGGCCCAUGGUGCUGAGGUACCGGAUGUGCUUCUCACUCCAAUGAAAAGUGGUAGACUUGUUUGUGUUGAGCACAUUGGAGAGCUCGAGGAUGCUAUUCAUCGACUAUCAACACAGAAAGAAAGUGCGGAACUGUCUUUCCAAUGA